AUGGAACAACGAACCGUAACCGUGGAACAACACGUUUUGAAUAAGAAUCCGAGCGAAAAUGUAAAGGAUGUGAUAAAACAAGAGAUGGAAAAGCCGAAGAAAAAUUUGAUGCGUGACAUUAUCUUCAGUGAAUUACAGGAACAAAUGCAGGAAAUCAGGCAAGACAUUUUAGAGCUUGUCAAUAACCGAAUGAAUGAUAUGGUAUCGGAAGUAGCAAACAGAAUUGCUUCGAAUGAGUUGAAAGAUCUGGUUGACUCGGAUAAAUACUCUAACAGAACAAAAUCAACGAGAGAAAAUACUUUGCCCACCAAGCAAUUUCUUCAAAGAAAUUCUUUAUUGACUGAUUUGUACGAAAUCAAACAUAUUCGAACACUUUACAAUCUCUUCGUAGCAACAUUGAUAAUUCUUUUAAUACACACAGCCGUAUACGAUAUUAGACACACGGGCUCACCUAAUCUUGGUAUAGACACAGUACGAGCUGGUUUUGCCAAAUUUCCAGUAGUGCUAUAUGUUUGGUCCCUUAUGAAAAUUUCAGUUCUGGGAGUUUAUGCUGCUUUCUAUUGUUGGGCUACUCGUCGUCUUCAGUAUUCGCCUAAAUCAUUUACCAGAAAAAUAUGGGAUUAUGGAUGGCUGGCAGGCAUUGUUCUUUAUCAGACCUUGUUCUUCAUACUUCCGACCAGAGCUGUACUCGAUAAUGACUUGCCAUUGGCGUCUAGCAUGAUUAUUCUUAUGGAACAAAUUCGAUUAGUGAUGAAAACUCAUGCCUUCGUGAGGAGUGUUGCACCAAGAUUUUUAUCAUACAAACCUCAUACAGAUACAUCAAUACCACAGCUACCUGAUUUUUCUCAAUAUCUUUAUUUCCUGUUUGUGCCAACGCUGAUUUAUCAAGACAGAUAUCCUAGAGCGAAAAAGAUUCGAUGGAAUAUUGUCCUGACUAAUUUCGUUGAAGUAUUAACAAUUAUCUUUUUCGUGGCGCUUCUCUACGAACGUUUGUUAUAUCCAAAUUAUCGAGAAUUUGGAAAACAACCGGUUGAGUUGGGAACACUCACACUUAAUAUUCUUGGCUCGAUGUUGCCCGGAAUUCUUAUGUUUCUCUGCGGCUUUUAUCUUCUUCUACACUGUUGGAUGAAUGCUUUCGCUGAACUAUUGCGAUUUGCCGACAAAAUGUUUUAUAAAGAUUGGUGGAACUCCAUCUGCUAUAGCGCCUAUUAUCGUACCUGGAACAUCGUCGUCCACGAUUGGUUGUACACUUACAUCUACAAGGAUAUGUACGAGAUCUUGACACCUAGGAACAAGACACUAUCCGUGUGCAUGGUUUUCGCCAUCUCGUCCAUCAUACACGAGUACAUCCUCAGCUUCUCUAUUCGUUUCUUUUAUCCCGUAUUAUUGUUAUUGUUCGGUGUUGUUGGUCUCACGGUGGUAUUCGUAUUAAAAUCAGCCGGAAACGUGUUCCUCUGGUUCAGCCUGAGUGUCGGCAAUGGAGUAUUGGUCAGCUUGUAUUGCAUGGAGUAUUUCGCCAGAAUUAAUUGUCCAUCGACUCGUGAUGAUUUCUGGGAUCUCAUGAUUCCGAGAACUUGGACAUGUAUCUUUAAAUGAGAAAGAUUGAAAGCUAACUUGUGUAAGCAUUAAUAAACUGCAGAAGUAAGGCUUAAUACUUCAAGAUCGUUUAAAUUUAAAUUAUCUUUAUUGAUGAAUGAUUUGAGAAGUAUUCACUGUAUGAAAUCUAAAGGAAAAAAAAAAAAGAGAAAUUAGCAUGGAGGUUUAAAGACUGGAAUAAUCCUUGCGACUUAGUUUUAAUCUAAUAGAUAAAUAAG